AUGUCGACCCACCCCAACGACCUAAGCGCUCUUGUGAAACUCAUUUCUGACUCGGUUGCUGUCGUGACAUCCGAGUACGCGAAGGCCGGACACGCGCCCCCAGCUUUGGACUCGACGGGACAAGACCCGUUUUACUCACCUGAACUGGUUUCAGAUCAACUGAAAACCGCUAUACAGAUUACCGAAGCUGCCUGUGCACAGCUGAGCGCCACGGUGGCAAGUGCUGGUCAUGUUGUAACGAAUGUGAGCGGCUUGCAUGGAAAACUGAAGGCCGAAACGGUUUAUUCAUCUAUUUUUCCUGCACAGAAAGCGUAUAGUUUCAUGGAGCCAGUGUGCAUGCGUGUAGCCCUGGAUGCGAAAAUUACCGAUCACCUCCUUGACAAGCCCAAAGGUCUACAUGUUGGGGAGCUUGGGCGUCUCAGUGACCAGGAUCCCGGAAAGCUGGGACGGGUCCUCAGAACACUAGCGACGAAUCAUGUUUACACGGAAGUUGCACCCAACGUCUUCGCCAACAACCGCUUGUCUAUGAAAUUACUUUCGACUGAUCCUGUCUCGAGUCUUGCUCGCCAGAUGACAGAUGAAGGUUUGAAAUGCGCCGCUAUUUUGGGAGAUGUUUUCAAGGACCCUACAACAAGAAAGUCGUACCGCCAGGAAGAUUGUGCCUUCCAUCGUGCUCAUGGAGUUUCUGCUUUCGAUUAUUACGGUGCCCCCGAGCGAACAGAGAUUUUCGAGACGAUAGGGCAGGCCAUGGUCGGCUGGGCACAGGUUACAGGGAGGGCAAUGCUUCCAAAGAUCUACCCCUGGGGCAGCCUUCCUGCUAAUGCGAUUGUGGUCGACGUUGGCGGUGGCAACGGUCAUGCCACCCUUAAUUUACUUAAAGCCUUUCCAACUCUCAAAGUCAUCGUCCAGGAUACUCGCGCAGUCGCUGUACAAGGCAGAGAAUAUUGGGAGAAAGAGUACCCGAUUGCCAUUCAAGAGAAGAAAGUCGACUUCAUCGGAUUUGAUUUCCUAACGGAAACACCUGUGACAAACGGCACAAUAUACUAUCUGCGACACGUUUUACACGAUUGGGCCGACGACGACUGUCUUAAGAUCUUGAAGAAUGUAAGAAAGUCCGUAGGUCCGAACAGCAAACUGUUGAUCAAUGAAUUCGUCGUGCAAUAUAUCGCCCGCGGAGGACUCACAUCGGAAUCUCAGGCACCUGCACCAUUGUUACCCAACUACGGCGUGGCCAACAGGAGGCUCUACCAACAGGAUAUGAACAUGAUGGUCCAGUUCAAUAGUAAAGAACGUACGCUCGACGAGUUCAUCAAGUUGGGGGAAGCAAGCGGAUUUCGCUUCCAGAGGUUGUGGGAUGGUGGCGAGGCUGGCAUUGUGGAGUUCGUUCCCGCUUAG